AUGAUCAAGGUGUUCAUUCGGAUCGUGUUUAUUACCUGUAUAGGUCAUGUGAUUGUUUCAGCAGCUGGGACAUGUAACGCAGCACCGAAAUGUGUUUGCGAGUUUCCGGAUGGUAAAACACUUCCUAUUGAACCUAACACGGCAGGAAAUGAGGCUUUAGCGGGAACAGUCGGGGCGCUCAGUUCUCUUAUCGCUACAGGAAGUGGAUUUGGGAUAUGGUAUAUUUGUAAAAAGCGAAGUCAAGCGGCAAAAUUAGGGAGGUCUUCGUUGAGUCAUUCUGAUCAGUCUUAUGAUCCCAAUAAUCCUCCACCAUAUUCGGAGUUGCCUAGGAAACGGCCUGAAUCAGUUUCCACUUUGAGUCAGGAGUUCCCUCGCCAGGAAUCAGUAAGAAAUACGAAUGUCUACAGAAUCGGAAGUCGUAUGUCGUCUGCUCAUUAUCAAGGGGCGAGGAGUGACUGGAUGUAA